AUGGAAUCCAGCCAGCUCGAAGGCUCGAGGAGCUCGAGCGAAGACACCAAUGAUAUUGGUACCGGCCGGUCCUACGAGUGCGUGUUUUGCAAGAGAGGGUUCACCACGGCACAAGCUUUAGGAGGGCACAUGAACAUCCAUAGGCAGGAGAGAGCCAAGAGCAGCAGGCCUAGUUCUCUUCCUAGAGUUGCAGACAAAGUUUCUGUUUGUGAUGACAACUACAACCGUGAGAAUCAUUGGCCUGGGAGUACUCUUAGAUUGGGAAUUGGUUCAUUUGAUCACGAAAACAACAACACAUAUGGGAGUAGUCAAGAAUAUGAACUGGACUUGGAGCUGCGAUUAGGUCAUGAUCCAUAG